UUGCACACAUUAUGGGAAUCCUGGAAAGUCAUGGAAAAAAAAACGAAAAAAAAAUCCAACUUGGAAAAGUAAUGGAAAAUUAAUAUUUCUAGGCAAACUCAUGGAAUUUAUUUCAAAUCAUUAAAACAAUUUGCAUGUCGGUGAACAACUAACAGUAGCUGACAGAGCAUUGGAAAUCUUAGACAAUUUUACAAUCAGAGGGACUUUCAAAAAGUGAGGUAACAAGCUCUGAAGGGUGUGUAGAUUCCCUGUAUGAAUAAAAAUUACAGUGAAGAUAAUGAAGAUGAUCAGAGCUUUCAAAUGGUACUGGUGGAUGGAGCUAGUUAUCCACCAACAGGAUAAAAUGUUAGAAGAUAGCUGUAUUGACGGAUGUUGUGUCAAUUGAACAGAAAGUGCGACAAGGUUUUUGCGUUGGGAGGCAUUGAACCACUUUACAAUUCCGACCUCACAUCAAAGAUUUCCAUCUCAUUAAACCUUAAAGGAAACACUUGAGAGAUCAGCAAUCUAAAAGCAAUGCUGCAAGUCGGCAAGCCAUCUUAAUAUGGUUUUACAUUCUUGAUGAUGAUUUCUUCCGUGCCGUUUUUCUUUAAGGUUCAAAGAGAUGGAAAUUACUUUUUGUGAGGAAUCUAACAGUAUGCACAUUGCUAGUUGAGAAAUUAUAUCCGAUUCUCAAUUAACUUAAGCUUUAAGAUUUUUUCGCAUGGAAGAAUUUAUUUUGAUAAGUUUUGGUUAGUUGCAUUUUGACAUGGAAGCAAAACUUUUUAGAUUUUAUAAAAAUCUAGAAAAUUAUUUGCUGAUUUUAAAGAUCAUGAUCCACAAAUCCUCCCCCCCCCCCCCCCCAUCCACUCCAUUUUUGCUUUCCAAGUUUUGUCUAAAACGCUUCAGUUGAUACCCUACUAUUCACUUUUAAGGUUCAACAGUAGAGUGAGUAUAAAAAUUUAGACAAUGUGUUGGGCUUUUAAAAUUCAAGGUUUUUUAUGGAAUGAAAUCUGCUGAUGCAUAGGUGGUAGUGCAUGCGUUUUCACUUUUGGUUCCUUGUUACUGUCUACUCUACCCCUAUAGAGCUGUAUUUUACAAUAUCUUCCCCUGUUAAAUUUAUUUUCAGCAGCAGAUUUCACUGGUGUUCUCAUUUUGAAGAUGUUUAUGGAACCAGUAACUCAUUGGAAAGUUAGGAAAUACGUUCUUCUAGAAAAGCGAAAAACUUGUUCCAAAAGAUAAUUCUGAGUUAGAGAAGUUAAAUAAGUUGAAAGAGCAAGCAGAGCAAUGGAAAACUCUUCAGCAGCCUGCUGCUGCUGCUGCAACAUGGCCUUAUGCAACCGCUACCACUGCUGCUCCUGUAAAUACAACUGCUGUCUCAACAACUGAUCCUACUUUAACAAAUGUUCAGUCAAGUACCAGUGUAGCCGAAUCUGGCACAACCCAGAUGGAUAAGGAAGAUGAAGAAUUUGAACGUCAGUUUAAAGAUUGGGAAAAGCAGUUUGAUGCCUGGAAAAGAGAAAAUAGCAAUCAUCCAGACAAAGAAGCUUUUGCUCGAUAUGAAAAGCAGUGGCAAGAAUGGCGUACGCAAUUGUUGCAGAAAAAAGAACAAAUGCAGAAAGCAAAAGCAUCAAAAAUGACUGCUCAACCUGCUACAGAUGUUACUGCAGCACCUCCUGCUGUCGCAACUCCUGCUACUAUGACACCUGCCACCGGUGUUGAUUUAAAUAGUCAGACAAAUGUAACUACAGUAGCAGAUCCCACAGCAGCUGCAGCUCCAAAUAUGUUUUACCCACCCAACCAGUUUAUGUACAUGCAGCCAUAUAUGUAUCCUGGAGCUGUUCCUGGUGCCCAAACUGCUAUGCCACCUCCACCCUUUACUGGGCAAAAUAUUCCUCCAUCAAAUUUUGGUGCUCCUUCUCUAGCAAAUCAAUCAUUAUCGGCCGAUCAGAAUGCUUCUAUGACAAUGAAUUUCAAUGACCCCAAUAUGAAUAUGAAAGGUGCUCAAAAUUUUGACCAGAACAGGGAUGGAUACAAUUAUAAUCAAAGAACAAAUGAAAAUAAUCCUGAAGAAUACCAAAAUUUUGAAGGAUAUGAAAAUCCUAAUAUGUUUCCACCAGAAAUGGAGGAUUUCCAGUCAGAAAUGAAAUUUGGCCGUGGUGGGCGAGGUGGACGAGGAGCAAGAGGCAUGAGAGGACGAGGCCGUGCAAGAGGAAGGGGUGGACAAAGCAGAUGGUCUGAUGGCCCUGAAAUGGAGCAGCAGUCAAGUGGUGGUAGAAGUCAAUCUCUUUUACCUACUCCUCCAUUAAAGUUUCCUGCUAGUGCUCAUGAUGGCAGACUCGAUGGGGCUCCACCUCCAUUUGAAGGACAGAUGCCACCUUUUGAUGAUGGACAGUCUCCAUUUGAUGAUGGGCAACCGCCAUUUGGAGGAAGGCAACCCCCAUUUGAUAUGAGACCUCCCUUUGGGAACAGGCAGUCAUUUGAUGAUAGGCAACCACCUUUUAAUGAGAGACAACCACCAUUUGAUGGUGCGCGACCCCCAUUUGAUAAAAGACCACCCGGUUUUGAAGGUAGACAACCUCCUUUUGAAGGCGAACAACCACCUUUUGAUGGUGGACAACCACCUUUUGAAGGGGAGCAGCCACCUUUCGAUGAAGGCCCACCACCAUAUGAAUAUCCACCAGACGAUAUUGGAGACUUUGCUCCUGAUCAAGGACCCCCAAGACCAUUUCCUGGUGAUGAUAAAUCUGCACAAAGACAAAACUUUAAACCAGAGGAUAGAUUCUCAUCACAGAAAGGAUUACAAGCUUAUCCUCCCGAUGAGUUUAGUGAACCAUUUGCUGGUCAUCCUUAUAAUGAAAGGUUCCCCCCUGGUAAAGAUAGAUUUCAGUCUGAAAAUGAAGAGUUUCCUCAAUGUGAUGAGAGAUUUCCUCCAGAGAAUGAUAGGUUCCCGACUAAAGGCUCUAGAUUUGGACCAGAAAAUGAAAGAUUUCCUUGUGAGGAUGAAGGAUUUCCACCUGGUCCCGGGAGAUUUCAAGGUGGCCCUGAUAGAUUUCCUCAUGGUCCUGAUGCUGAAAGGUUUCUUCCUGGACCAGAAGACUUUCCUCAAGGACCAAUGGAUGACCGUUUUGGUGGUCCAGAUUUUGAUCAGUAUCCUCCUGAUGGCAAUAUGUUUGGUCCACCACCUUUCAGAGACGAGUUUCCUCCUUUUGAUGAUAGAUAUGGACCUGGACGUGGGCGCUUCCCAGGGAGAGGUCGAAGAAUGCCCCGAGGAGAGUUUGACAGAUUUGGACCUCCCCCAUUUCAACCUGGCAUGGGCGAAGAGGGAUUUGGACCAGAUUUCCCACCUGCUGACAGAUUUGGCUUUCCUGGAGAUGGACCUCCAAGAAUGCCUCGUGGAAGAGGUAUGCGUCCAAAUUUCGAUCCAGGAUUCCCAGGACGUGGACGAUUUCCAGAAGAUCGUUUCUUUGGAGAUGGUCCUCCUGGAAGAGGAGGAAAGACAAUAGAUUAUACUCAUAGACCUGCUGCUGCUGUAAUGGGUGAAGAUUAUAAUCCUCAUUAUGAUUUUGAGUCGGAUUUUCAAAAUGAUGUAGGGCAAUAUAGAGAUAAUUUUAGUUCGGAUUUAUACACGUCAUCACUUCCUCCUAUAAUCUUUUCUCAAGUCAAUGUUGAAUCUUUUGAUUAUGGACAUGGUAUGAAACCUAUGACUACAGCUACAAUUGAAGCUAAGAAGAUUAUUAAAGAUGAACCAGCUACUCCGAACAAAGUGUUUGAAUAUUCACACCGCAGGGAAAGAAGCCCAGUGCUUUGUGAUCGUCCUUUUGAUGAAGAAAGAAUUGAAGAAAGAUCAUUUCGUGAUAGAGAUCGGGAACCUUUGCGAAACCGAGAUAGGGAAAGAAAUCGUGAUAGGGAAAGGGAUUUUGAAAAGGAGCGAGAUCGGGAGAGGGAUCAUCGAGAUAAUUUCCGAGAAAAUCGUGACAAGGAACGUGAUAGAGAACGGGAAAGGGAAAAAGAUAGAGAUAGGGAAUUUAGGAGAGAAAGAGAUCGGGAACGUGAUCAUCAUAAAGAAGACAAAAUCAACCUUUUCAAGCAUGAGAAAAAUCAAGAGAACGGAAGAAAUUUUCCAAGAGAGAAAGAGUCCAGCCGUAAAAAAGAAAUGGAUGCAAAGACAAUGGAGGCACAUUUUAAGACACAGAGUAAUGUGUUUAAAAAUGAGUCAUCAGAAACUGUUCUUAUUGAUGAUAUACUAGUUGCACCUAAACGUGCAUCUAGACCUAAACAGCUUGUUAUUAUACUUAGGGGUUUACCUGGUUCUGGUAAAACAUAUGUUGCUAAAUUAAUUAAAGAUAAAGAAAUAGAGAAUGGUGGCUCUGCUCCUAGAAUAUUAUCACUUGAUGAUUACUUUAUGGUAGAGUCUGAAGUUUCAGAAACCGAUCCAGAUACUGGCAAACGCAUAAAGAAAAAGGAAUUCAAAUUUGAAUAUGAAGCGGAGAUGGAAGAAGCAUAUCGUGCAAGCUUGUUCAAAUCUUUUAAAAAAACAAUCGAUGACAGAUUUUUCCCAUUCAUCAUUGUAGAUGCUGUUCAUAAUAAAGCAAAGCAAUAUGAACAGUUUUGGAGUUAUGCUAAACAAAGAGGAUUUCAAGUAUACAUUGCAGAAAUGGAUUGCUCGGAUCCAGUCACUUGCCAUAAGAGAAAUAUUCAUAAUCGAAAUUUAGAAGAAAUAACAAAGAUUGUUGAGAGUUGGGAAAAGAAACCUCGUCAUUUUUUGGCCAUUGAUAUUCGAUCCUUGUUGCAAGAUGUAGCCAUUACUGAGGUUGAAAUGGAAGUGGAAUCCAAUGAACCAAAAGAAGAGAAUGAAGAUGAAAAUGAUAAUGAUAAUGAAGAAUCAGAUGCAUUACUGUUUCAUGUUCCUAGUAGGUGGGAAAAACUUGAAGCUACUGAAGAUAAAUUAGAUAAGUUGGAUGGAUUGAGAGCAGGAAAAAAGAAGCAUUCUUCAAUGGAAGAUUAUUUGCAACUUCCUGAUGAUUAUGAACAGAGAAAAUGUGAACCUGGCAAAAAAAGAGUACGUUGGGCUGAUCUUGAAGAAAAGAAAGAGCAAGAUCGACUACGUGCAAUUGGAUUUGUUGUUGGACAAACGGAUUGGACUAAACUCACUGAUCCUACUCAUGCGGAUAGGGCACUGACAAAAACAAAAUAUUUUUAGGCAUUUUUUUCUCUUAUUCAUUGAGAAAACUUCAUUAUUCAUUUAUUAUCAUCAUCAUCAUCUUGUAUAAAAUAUCAGUUUUGACAUUCAACAUUUACUCCUUUUCUCUCUCAUAAAGUUUUAUAUUGUUGUACAAAGGAAGUUAUUACAAACCCUUACUUUUGCAUUUUAAUAAAUUUUUCUUUAGUACUUAUGUGUUUGUUGAUUGAUGUGUUCUGUAAAACUUUCAAAAACUAAAGGCCAUUUUAACAUUAGUGUUUUUUAUUAUGUUAAAGUAGUGCUAUAUAUGUGAGAAGACUCUAUUAUACUACAGCUAAUGUAAAUGGUAUAAUCUUUUUUGUUGUUAUGGGAAUUUGUUUUUUGUUAUAUCUUCCUUAUUUGAGUCAUAUGUAAAUUUCCUUUGUUAUUCAUGUUAUAAAAUAUUUUUGAAUUGA